AUGGACGAGGCUAUGUCAGGCUUUGUUAUUAAAGCUGGUGGAGGUGGCUGCGGCAAUGGCGGUGGUGGAACCAAGUGUGGGCGUUGGAAUCCGACUACUGAACAGGUUAAAGUUCUGACUGAUCUGUUCAGGUCUGGACUCCGAACGCCGAGCACUGACCAGAUUCAGAAGAUCUCAUCCCAGCUGAGCUUUUACGGCAAGAUCGAGAGCAAAAACGUCUUUUACUGGUUCCAGAACCACAAAGCCAGGGAAAGGCAGAAGCGCCGCAGAGUCUCCGUUGAUGAAAGCGACGCCGUUCGUCCAGAUGACAAGAUCUCAUUUAUAAAGCAUUUUGCAGAGCCAAAUCAGGCUUCGGAGCCUGAGAGAGUGAUCGAGACCCUGCAACUCUUCCCUUUGAACUCCUUUCACGAAUCGGAAACGGAGAAGAUGAGAUUGCUUACAAGCGAAUGCAAGGAAACGGCGUCGUUCACAUACACGAUCGAGACGGAAAUGGAUCAUCCGCCAUUGGAUCUGCGUUUAAGCUUCUUGUAA